AACCUGACGUAAUCACCCCAACACUAGUGUUAAUUGGCAACCUUAACGAAAAAGCUAAUUUCAAGAGUUUAAUUGAUACUUUCGUUUAACUUCCCAAUUAAGUACGGUUUUGAUUAAGAGUUUUAUUAAUUUUUAAUUAUUUUACAAGGAUUUAUAUAAAAAAGAAGAAAGGUUUUUCAAAUUUAAUUUGAAAAUUCCAGGCCCUGACCCAUCCUUCUCUUCCCUUCAGCUGCCUGCUAUUGCCUUCAAGUUUCCCGACGACGAAAUUAAAUAAAGACAUGGCUGCUGCAGUAAUUAAGAAGUUCUUCAUUGCAUCAAUGUUCAUGUGGAUAGCUCCCCUUGCAAUAUUGUAUGGUUUUAAUCAUAAUUUACUUCCUGGUUCAACAAAUUUAUCUCCCCAUGCUAUGACUCUGGUGAGUGGAUUCGUUGCUGUAAUUUCGGUCAAUAUAGUUAUCGCAUUCUACAUCUAUAUGGCAAUGAAGGAACCUUUGGAUAAGCAUGAGCCAGAUCCAAAGUUUCUCGCUGAUGCCAAAGCUAGUGUAAGCCAGCCAACGGGCGAAGCUCCAACCUCUUCCGAGUCCAUAAAGAAACGAGAAUAGAAUAGCCGAAGCCUGAGUAACUACAAUGGAGAGAAUGGAACAAUGAGGGUCUGUGCUCCAUACUCAUGCCUUAUGAUUAUGAAAUUAAGUUCUUUCUAAUGUUUUUGUUGUAUAUUUAGACUCAUUUCUUUUGGUCUUUUCGAUAACAUUAUCAAGUUUUGAUCCAAACCUCGUGAUUUUGAUUAUUGUUAACUUGUAUUGACUUGCAUUUCUGAAAUCAUACUAAUCUUUCAACCUGUCCAA